AUAAAUUUGUUUACAUUUUACAAAAUCAAAAUAAGAAACAAUUAUCAGACCUUUAUUGUGAAUUGAAGUUGGAGAACUACAGUUGUUAUUAUUUGUUUUACAAAUAUAUGGCUCUUCUCUGCCUAGAAUCUGUACCGAGACACAUCUUUAAACACUUCAGAAAUAAAUGUUUUGUUAAAGGACAAUGGAUCAUACUACAUUUAUGGAAAUUAAAAUUGAAGGAAACAACGAAGAACAAUUAAUCUAUUUAUCACCAUCAGAUGACGAAGGACUAGAAGAAUUAAACACAACAUGCAGACUUUGUCCAGAAGCUUCAAGACUUAAAAAUUUAUUAAUUGAACAUUUAAAGGAGCAUAAAAUUGAAUGGAUUGACAUAAAUGACAGUCAAACUUUCCCUGAGAUUGAGUCUUGCAAUUGUCAAGAUGGUAUAAAAAUUCAGAUUAAUUUUAUUAAUCACUUUCUAAGUCAUGAUAAUGAUGCCCAAUGUCACUUUGAAAGUCCCUCAGAAAGUGACGAAAAAGAUAUUAUCGAUCAUGGAUUUGAGGAAAACUAUCGAGAUAAAGAAGAAAAUUCAUAUAAGAAAGUCAAACUAAAACCUAGUUAUCAUAAUCAGUAUAAUCGUCGUGUUAGAUCGCCAGUGACUUUCCAACUUCAAAAAGAAUUUACUCAAGAUCCGACUACAAAAAUGUUCCAUUGUAACUUUUGUCGAAAUGGUUACAAACAUAAGCAAACAGUGGAGAGACAUUUAAGUAAAGAACAUUAUCCUUCUUCCGAAAAGGUUUCAAAUAGUGUUAUGAGAAACACAAGUGAAAAUGUUUUCCCAACUGAACAAAGAAACAAAUUGUUUUAUUGUAAUAUUUGUCACAAUUCUUACAAACACAAACAGACAAUUCAACGACAUCUUGCAAAGGAGCAUAAUUUAGAAUUGGAUAAUAAUUAUAAAUCUCAAGUUUCAGACUUUAAACCUUAUCAAAAAAUUGUUAGAAUUCAAAGAAAGUCUAGAAGAUCGAAAGACAAAAAGUUGAUUUGUGAUAUCUGUGGCCAAACGUUCUUCUUUCGAGAGUCAUUACGUAAACAUUUAUUAAAACAUGUCGACCAUGUUACAUAUACAAAGAAAAUUGUUAAAACCACAAGAGAAAAAAUUGUAUGUGAUCAAUGUACAAAGCUUGUAAAUCCAAGUUUAAUGAGACGACACUUUCAAGUUCACCAUUCGGAUUAUCGACCGUACAAAUGUGAAGAACCUGGCUGUACGACAACAUUUCUGGACAUUACCAAAUUUAAUGAUCAUAAGAAUAUUCACCUUAAAAUAAAACCAUACAUUUGUGACUUUUGCCAAGAAUCAUUUCACUAUGCUAGUAAUUUAAGACAGCAUAAGCUACGACACACUCAUCCAGAUCGUUUUAAAUGUGAAACAUGUCAAAGUUGCUUUGUCAGUUCGAAGUCAUUGAGUCUUCAUAUGCGUUUACAUAAUUAUGAUCCAACAGCACCAAAACCAUUUGCAUGCGACCAUGAAGGAUGUGAUAAAACAUUCCGCUAUCGAGAUAGAUUAAAAUUGCAUAUUUUUAACGUUCAUCGAGUUGAAAAUGAUCAUUAUUGUUCUUAUUGCUCCUUUAUAACACACAAGAAGAAAUAUUUAAAGCGGCACAUGAUCAAAAUUCAUAACAUAAGAGAAGGAAACCCAAGGAACCAAAUUCAAACUUUCAAUGGGCUCACAAAAUCUAUAAUGAAAAAUGAGCUUAGUCAGUUUUAUGGAAUUUUUUUCGCUGUUUUAAGCAGUGUUUGUUAUAGUUUAUGCUCUGUCAUCGUAAAGUUUCUUGUUGGAGUUUCACCAAUCGAACUAUCGUUAUUCAGAUUCCUAGGCGUUCUUCUGCCAUCUAUUCCCUAUGUGGUUUAUAAAAAUGAAAACAUUUUUCCCGAAGACAAUAGAAAAAUGCUUGCAUUGCGUGGCAUGCUUGGAUCAGCUGGCCUUAUGUUGUCCUUUUAUGCAUUUCAAAAUAUGCAACUCGGAGAUAGUUCGGUCAUAAUAUUUUCAACGCCAGUUUUUGUUGCGAUAUUUUCGCGUAUUUUCUUGAAAGAAACUUGUGGACCAUUCAACAUCUUCACGAUUAUACUUACAUCGUUAGGCAUUGUGUUCAUUGUGAAGCCACCAAUAAUUUUCGGUGAAGAUGAAGGCAGUGAAAAUGAAAGGACUGAUUACUUUUGGGGGCCGCUAGCAGCGUUAGCAAGUGCAAUAUUUACAGCAAAUGCAAUGAUAAUUAUUCGAAUGUUACGCGGUCUUCAUCAUUCGGUAGUGAUUUGUAAUUUUGGUGUAUUUGCCUGCUUUUUCACAUUGAUAAUGUUGAUCAUUACAAAUACUUUCUGUCUACCACCUUGUGAAAAUCGUUUUUUGAUUUUAAUGCUCGGCAUUUUCAGCUUUUGGGGUCAACUUUUAUUGACAAUUUCUUUAAAAAUGGAAGAAGCUGGAGUUAUAUCGAUUGCAAGAUCAACCACAAUAGUCUUUGCAUUUAUUUGGCAAGUAAUUUUUUUCAAACAAAUUCCAUGUUUUUAUUCCAUUUUGGGUGCUCUACUUAUUGUAAGUAGCGUUGGUUUGAAUGCUUUGAAAAAGUGGGCACUUUUAAAUGAAACAAACAUUUCAAGAAAUCUCACUCGAUUUCUUAAAUAAAUUGAAAGUUUGUUUCAAUUGCUCAAAAUAUAUAAGCUCGGAAGAAGGAAAAAAAUCGUUUUAUGUUUGCCAUUGAUUCAUCAAAUGCUAUAUUAAGUGAACACAAAGUAUAUAGGUAAUUGAUCUCAUAUCGUACAAUAAAAAUAAGUAUUAUGUUUGAAAA